AUGGCAGGAAACAGAAACAUUGCAACCUAUCUAGAAAUGGACAACAUACGGGACGACCAGGACCACGAUGCUGACAGUUUGGAAGACACGGACGAAGCGAGCGAAAGUGACAUGGUAACUGGAUCGACCAGCACCCGCCACCACAGCGUUGACGAACGACUCGAGAUUAAGGAGCAGAUGUACCAGGACAAGCUUGCCAACCUUCUGGGCCAGUUGGAGCUAUGCAAGCAGGGUAAGCACCCCGAAUAUCUCAAAAUUGUCGAACGGUUGCAAACCGAGCUGGACGAUCGGUUGCUGUUGAACGAGGUGGAGCGGGACUAUCUGCUUGCCUGUGCCGAGCUUGACUGCAUCCUGGAGCAGGCGGCCGCAGAGAAGGAGUAUGAAGAGAAGAAAGCCGAGUUGAUAGAGAACCUGAUUGCCGAUCUCGAGGAUCAGAAGAAGAUGAUCGAGCACGAGUUUUCCACGAUGGAGCUGAACGGGGACUUGAUUGACAUGAAGCCAACGGUAACACGGAAGUUGCGCCGCCGGCCCAAUGAACCACUGCCCGUGCCGGAGAAGCGCCGCAAGCCUACCACGAAUCAGCUCACAUUUCUGCUGGAAGACAAAGAGAUCGAGCACGAUUUGAAGCUAAUUGCGCGCAACAAAGCUAGCUCCGCUAGCCGUGCGGCAGCAGCUCAGCACACUAUAAAUGAGGGUGCGAGUGGUAGCGGGAGUGCCGGUACGGCGGGCAGAGGCGUUGCCUCUGUCGGUAUGAAUUUAGCGGACCAGAAUGGAACACCUUCGGAGGGCUACGGUAGCGGAACGACUGGUCCAUCGGCGGGUGGACAAUCAAACCAGCUGGCGAUAGAUACUCGCAUCGAGGACGGUAAACUAUGGUACGAGCGGCGUUGGUUUCAUCGUGGCCAACCAGUACAUGUCGAGGGUCGGGACAUUUCACGCUUUGCAGCCAACAUUUCGGCCAUCGGGGUGGAAGCGAUCUGCGUGAAAAAGACAACCGACGGCCAGAAGGUGCGCAUCUUUCUGUCGCAACUACGCCGUGGCAAGGUAUCGAUUAAGCGACGUGCUAAUUAG